AUGGGCGCUCUGCUGUCGUUGCUGCGCUCCGACUACAAACAGGAGCAGCAGACAUCGACGAAGAAGAUGCACCGUACGUCCGCUCCGAUGGUGAUGACGCGUUCCUCCAUGGGCAUGACGAACAGGCGCGCCAGUAACAGCAACGUUGGCGACCAUAACAGCUACGACGAAGGUAGCGGCGGUGACCAUGGCAGCGGCGGCGGCGGCGGUGGCAGUUGCGGACGUAGCGGAUCGUCAGGUCGCGAGGUCGUCUUUCCCGACUCGUUCGAGGUGUUACCGCAGCCGCGUGACUUCAGUGUUGUCUACAUGGGUGUGCCUCACGAGCAACAGCGAAAAUUCCGCUGUCGCUUCUGCGGCAAGGGCUACCGCUGGAAGAGCACGAUGCGUCGUCACGAAAUGGUGGAGUGUGGUGGCAAACCUCCGGCCUUCCAAUGCCCGCAGUGCCCUUACAAGGCGCGGCAACGUGGAAACCUCACCGUGCAUUUCAAACGGCAUCAUCAGAAAAUGGUUUACGAGGAGAACGCACUUACUUAGGACGCGCACACAACCGGCCGAAUGU